AUGUUCCUAACUCUCGGAUGGGGCUGUCUUUUCUGGCAGCCACUGGCUCAGUACUACGGAAAGCGCUUGGUGUAUCUAUUGUCGUUGGUGGGCACACUGGGUAUCAUGAUAUGGGCACCCUACGCGACCACCAAGGGACAAUGGAUUGCAAACAAGGUCAUUCAGGGAUUCUUCGGCGCACCGAUUGAGUCUCUCUGUGAGAUCUCUAUUUCAGAUGUGUAUUUCACACAUGAACGUGGUACAUACAUGGGAAUUUACGCUCUUCUGAUUGCCGGUGGUAAUUUCCUUGCACCUCUCUUGAUGGGGUUCGUCAAUGAGGGUCAGAACUGGCAGUGGGUUUUGCACUGGUGUUCAAUUUUCAUCGGCGUUGCAAUCAUAAUUGUGUUCUUCUUCAUGGAAGAGACAAACUUUUAUCGCGAAGAGCUUUCGGUGGACUCACCUGAUGUACUGGGGUCUUCAGAGCAAGCCACCUCAGGUGUCGACACUACUGAAACGAUACUGGAUAAAGAGUCACAGAUCCCCAACGUCGGCGGGUCUGACAUGGGCACCGGAUCUGUCGGAGACUAUACACGGAAGACGUACCUACAAAAGCUCAAACUUUGGUCCAAGACUGACGCGUCAAGAAAGCCCCACUGGAAGGGCAUGGUUCUGCGACCUCUGAUUUACCUAUCCUUUCCUGUUAUCUCCUUUUCUGGAUUUAUGAACACUAUGAGCUUUGCUGUCAGCUAUGGAAUUACUCCGUGGGUAACCAAUAUGGGAUAUCAAAACGCAUUCAUCGUAGCUGGCUUGACAGCCUUGGCACAAACAGCCGUCUUUUAUUUGUUCAUCAAGUUUGGCCGUGAGAUGCGUAAGAAAAGUGCGCCACGCUACCUUCGUUACGUCCAGCAAAUCAAGGAAGAUGGACUGGCACACUGA